AUGACACAGGAAAUUAAAAGCACUGGAGCUUUUCCCUUUUUUUCCCAAUAAUUGCAAAGCUAAGUUUUCCCCCUUAUCUGAUAAAUGUCAGUUUACUCCAGAAGAUUCUCUUGAAAGGAGGUAGACAUUUCUGUAACAUACCACAUAAAGCGAAGAAUCAACAGUUGCUAGGAAAUGCGUGCUUUGCUCUUGUGCAUAAUGGCAGUUCAUUAAACGCUGGAUGCAAGCACAUUCGUAUAUAUAUGAAUAAAAUUCAGAAAUUUUAAAUACCAGCAUUACUAUUUCAGUUUUCUAAUCUUUUGCGUUCCUGUCAUCCUCUACAUAUGCGUGCCCUCACCAAUGUAAUCAUGUCUUUGUCUUGCAACUCCUGCAUAUCAAACAUCUGUACAUGCAGUGAAACAAGAAGGUAAUUAGCUACUUUCAAGUAUUUUGGCUUUAAAAAAAAAAAAAAGUGCCUUAAGGAAAGAAAUUUAAGAUUCUGGUUCUGCAAAACACACACUGGCCUGUGUGUUUGGUCAAUCAUUGGUUUGCAGCUAAGCACAGAAAAGUCUGGAUUUAACAAGACUUUUUGAACAGUACAGAAAUCCCAGGCAGGAGGGGUCUCCCCAGACCUGGACCUUCCAAAGCUGGGCUGGCCUGUCAGUUGUCUCAGACCUUCCUGUGAAAAAAUGGUCAGGAUUUUAAAUGUUGCUUUUGUUUCCAUGCAAAAUCUAAGUGACUUAGUUCGAACCACAAAGCUGCUGCACCAUUUGCAAAAGUAAAUGCCUUCCAAGCCUGUUGCAGGUAUGUGGCCAAGCUGCUAAAAAGAGCCUGAAAAGCAUUCCUUGGAAAAUAUGUCAUUUAGAUAUUAAUUUUGGACCUUUGAAAGCACUGACAGAUUUCAGGUUUAUUAAUAGAAGUGAACUUAUUUCUCAGUCAUUACUGUGCUCAGCAUUCUGAAUUGUUACCAUUUUGCAAUUUGUUGUUGCAAGCACAAUCUAAAUAUAUUAAUAUUACAGGGAGAAACAAAAUCAUGUGGGGUAAAUGCCAGAUUGGCUGGCUCUGUUAAUCCCUUUUUGUUGUCAUCUUUUCUCUUAUUGCAGUUUUAGAAAUAACUAAGAGCAGAGUUGAACUCAAAAGGGUGAAGGCCUUAAUAUACACAGUAUUUAAUAGAUUUUUUUGGGGCAGAAUUUUGUAUCCUAGUGAAUUUUAAUAUAUGGCAAGGAACUCCAGUUCCCUAAAACACAAGUGUCAUCAGAGUGAAAAAAGAAAACAAUCCUUGAUCCACACCCAGUCUUCUAGAAGGUCGUUUGAGUUUCUGACAGUGCUAAUAGUACAUAUUAGCUGGUGCUUAUUCCCCUGUCGGUGGAAAUCAGCCUGUUCCAUUAGCUCUCCGUGAGCUUUGCCCUGUGAGGCACUCCAGCUCCACUGAGCUGUACAACAACUACAGAAGUCUGGACCACUUAAUCUGGUCCAUCUGCCAAACAAUGAUUUCAGCAUCCCUGUCUGAACACUGCUUCUAGAUGAAUAGACUAACAUUUUCCUGUAUGGAGAGCCAACUUUGUUACCACCAAUGUGUCAGCAGUCCAGCCGAGACCUAACAAAUACUCAGAGGCUGUGGGAGGUCUUCAAUGAAUUAAACAUGUGGUUUUCUUUAUUAUAUUGGAGAUUGCCUCCACGUUGUAAAUGCCACCUGGCAUAGCUAGGUACUAAAUACAUGAAGUAGCUGUGUUCCCCUGUACAGCUGAAGCGGUGUCACACCAAGUAACAGAGAGGUAAAAAGGUAAUUAUUUUUAAGUGUAGAAGGGACUUUCCCAAUAUGCAAUUAGACAGAUGCUUAUGGAAAUUCAUAACAGGUGCCCAUCUAUCCUGGUCCUGCACCCCUAACAUCACUUAUCUGCUGCUUUCAGCUGCUGCUUUCAUCGUGCUGGCAAAACUGCCGCCCUUGGAAAGCUGCACAGGGCAUCCCCUGUCCCCUGCCGGGUGUUCCUGAAAGGCUGAGCUGUGCAGUGAGUCUCACACACAAACGGCAAUAGGAGAAGUCCAAACUUUUCUCUUUAGCAUACACGCCACUCGAGUUCCCCACAGCUGUCUAGCGUCACAACCAGCUGCUUGGUUUGCACAGACAGCACAAGCAAUACGCUUAGCCCAGAGGGCCACUACUCGUACUUGGACGCCGCAUUUUGUUGCUACUACCGCCUCUUUUCCCUCUUCAUUUUGACCGCUCCUACAAAGCCCUUUUUGCUUCCAUUUCCUACGCAGUAGUAAGUAAACUGCUUUCCACAGCACUUCUGCCUUAACAACCACUUUGUCAUCUAUAAGGAUGCUGAUCUCCUGAUGCCUUUGGUUCAUUGAUGCACAGGGGUAUGCCGCCUUUGUCUUCUUAUUUUGCUUGAAGACGGUGGCUCAGUGCCCCAUUCUCCCAAAUUGUUUUCCCUAGCUAGGUUACAUCUAGCACCUGUUGUUUCCUUAACAUUUGCAUUGAGGUAAUGAUGGUAGUUAAGCAUAAGUUAUUUUUAAAACCUAGAUACUGAGGAAGGAUGGUCAGUAGUUAAGUCACCGGGCUCAGAGGGGAGAGGGUUUUGUUCUUAGCUUUGGCAAAGUCCCUCAGCAAAGCCUGAUUUUGGGUUUGUGCCUUGCUUGUGAAAUGGAAAUACUGCUUUGCCAAACACCAGUUUUGAGAAGUCUGCUGCUGACAGCCAGCCCUCUUAUGAAAGGGGAGAAUGCCACGGGGAAAAUGUGAGCACUGGAGUGGUGUGCACAAAUAUAUCUAGGACAAUGAAUAAUCAAUAUGCAUAAAUCCCUUAAGGAAUGUAAGAGAAAAUAAUUCUAUCCUCUCUUCCACAGAAAUUAAGGAGGCCUUCACAUUCGAGCCAUUUUUCCAUGAACCUGAGAAACGUUGGCAAAGUGGGAAGGAAACAGUAACAGAACAGCAGGACGAAGUGCUGAACCGUGCUGUGCAAUUUAUCUUCUGAAUUGUUCCCCUUCAAAGGACCGGAGGGUGGCAAACAGAGCACCAGUUCUUAGAAGAGGCUGCAGAGAUGAUCUGAGGAACAGCACAUCCCCUCGAGAGUAUCAGUAAUUCUGUCAGGCAAAUUGAUUGGAACUGUAAUCGAGGAGGGACUUGGUGAAUUCAUAGAUGAACAUAAUGGAGAAUCUAUUCGAUUUCUUUGAAAGGGCCUAUGAAUAUAUAUGGAUAAUGUUAAUUCAGUCGAUAGAGCAUAUUUCAAAUCUGAAAAAAAGCUUUUGAUAAGAUUCAUCACCACAGACUCAAAAUAAAAGGAAGAAAAGGUAAUUGCCACAUGGCAGCAGCACAGAUCCUGCCAUGGACUUGCAGUGGCUAAAAGGUGGGAUGGGGGCAGAGCACAGAGUGACCAGGGCUGAAGGUUUCACAGUGGAGGGAGAUAAUCCUUAGGGUCUCACAAGGAGCUGGGUUCAGACCUCAGCUCUUCCUCAUAUUCAUAAAGGGUUUUUAAAAAAAGCUGAAUGUGAAAGUGUGUGAUUGCUCUCAAUAGUGUUUUUUUGGGGGUAAUCAAAACUAAAAGUGCCUGUGAAGAAUUACAGCAGGUGUUCAUGAUACCGAAUAGAUAACGGCAAUCAAAGAUCAGGUGAAAUUCAGUGUCACCAAGGCAAAGUAAGGCAUGCAGGACAGGUAUGCAAUGUUGCAUAUAUGCAGCGAUGACGACUGCCACUGGAGAAGGAGAUCUAGAAAAGCUGUAAUUAAAAAAAAAAAAGUAAUCUCCUGAAGGUACUGCUCAGUGGGCAGCAGGGAUCAGAAGGAUGCAUGCCAGGACCUAUUAGAAAAGGAACUGGGGACAAACCAGAAACUAUCAUUGUGCCACGAAGGGCUUGCAUUUGAAUACUAAGCACAUUUUCAGUUGUUCUCAUUCGAAAAAGGUAACUGCUUGAAAAAUACAUGGAAGAAUAAAACAGAAUAACAGAAGUAAGUAAUGGUUUCUGUACCAAGAGAGCUGAGGCAGACUAGGAAUGGUGAUAACCCAGGCAGUAAUUCUGGUAGUAAAAGUCUUUAAAUUUGUAUUACAAGAGAAAGAUCAGUUGCUGAUUCCGAAGCACAAAACCAAGGUGACAGUAGAUGAUCAGGCAGAAGAUUUAGAGCUAAGAAAAAUAAAUCCUCAAAACCUGUUCCUUUUGAACUUUUAUGUGGAAGUCCUUGCCCUGAGAUACCAAAAACAUUACUAGCUUUAAAGAAGGGAAAGGUGAAUUCACAGUAAAUAGCUCUAAUACUGGCCAUUAAACACGAUACUCCCUGCAACGUCCAGUUCAAGAUGUGUCUGUCCAUAGUGUAUUGUGCACCAGGCGAGUAAUACCAGGAGGAAAAUCCUCUGUCCUGUUUCUCAUUGCUUUGCUCUAACCAACUGCUGUUUGCCAUCAGAUGGGUGAGAUCAGGAUGAACUUUUCAUCUGACCCUGUAUGGCAGGUCAUAAACUCAUUGUCUUUUUAAUUAAGCUGGCAGAUUGUACGCAAGCUUUUAGAAAAAAUAAUUGGCCUUUCUUUGCAACAUUACACUUGGCAGUGUAUCGCUGUUUUUAGAAUUCACUCAUGCUUUCUCCAUCUAUUAUCACCAGGUCCUGACACCUUCACCACCCUGUCUUCAGCAGAAACCAUUUUUAAAUGUUCAGUUGAUGGAGAGCAGAACUUUCUAGAUAUGACAAAUAUCAGAACUCUUUCAUCCUCUGGUUUUACAAGUCUUAGAUUGAAGCAAUUGUUAAUCAGUAUUUGAGAGUGUAGCUCUUCCCUUGCUUGUCGAGCUUGUUACUUGUUAGCUUUGUUGUUAUUUGUCUGAUUUUCAGCAUUGAGCAGGUCCAAACAGGAGCGUACCGAACAACGUAUAAGGUCGUUUUGUCAGGUCAUCAGAGAAAGUGUUCUUGGUGAUUUAUUUAUUUAGCCUAUAUAUUUAUUUGCAAGUUAGAUGAGAGAGAGCCUUUCUCAGUCUUCCUGUUUGCUUUGUGCUGAUUAUAGAACAGUCACCUUUUUGAAAGGAUUUACUUAUUACUUGGCUGUCUAUUUUGUGGCAUCAGAAAAAAAAUACCUAUAACUGCGCACAAGAUACAAAUGCUGGCUAAAUAAAAGUUAGAGGGUAAUGCAAUGAUUCAUCCUACUGAUUUUAAAUUAAUGUUGCAUUGAGUUAGCACUGUCUUAUUCACCUCCCUGCUUGUCCUUAAAUCAAGAGCAACAGACUCCAUUUUUGUCCUGGAAUCUUGUAUUAAUCUAUAGAUAAUGGUACUUUUCUGAACAAGGUGCACAGAACUAAUAUCCAUCAGCAGAGAUUGAAAAGAAGGCAAUACGAUACUGCAGAAGAAGAUGAGUACCUCUGAAUGGAGAAAAAAAACAAGGAGAAGAAGAAAAUGGCACUAUCUACAGGAAGGUAGUUCCUUCCAUAGGUAAAAGAAUAAACGUAGUUUUUUAUGUGGGUUGAGGCUAAGCUGUAUAGAGAGCAGCUCUGUGUUGCUCUAAGGAGCAUUACAGGAAUAAAUUGUCCCCGAAUACUGCAAAUUGUGUAAGACACAAAUAUGAUUUUAUUCUGGUUUUAAUUUUGUUUCUUCACAAGUAAACUCUUUCAUUUAACCUAGUCAAGAAGGAAAAUGACACGAAAUACUGAUAAAAAUCAGAGAACAGCAACAUGUAAAGUGGUUGAGUAUUUCACUCCUACUUCAAAUAGUCUACUGAUUGAUAUAAUCCUUCCAGAACUACUGAAAUCUUUACGCUCCUUUGAAAGAAGGGGUAUAAAAUACUGACCAAGCGCUAACUGAACCUUAAGACAAAGCAGGCCAAAGAAAUGCAUAUGGUGCAUUAUUUUUGUUUCAGAGAAAGAUCGCUAACGUUAAAUCCGUGCCCACCUGUGGCUGAUGUUAUAGUAAGCUUACGUGGGACUAAGAGGAUACUGCACUGGGGCUUUUAAUUACUGUGGUUAUAACCUCUGCUGAAGGGAAGUUGAACAUGCUGCUAAGCCUGAGAACUAAUUGGUUUUUUUAUUUGUAAACAUAUCUGUCUGAGCCUGGGAACCAGUUAAACUGGAUGAUUUCCUCCAGAGGAUUUCAAACCAGAGAGCCCCUGCACCUCAGCCGGCUGGAGGGAUUCAUUGAAACGUUUCAGCGCUCCCAGAGGAGCUGGAUGUCUGAGGACAUGAGGAUGUUCCAUCCACAGCCCAGGAACCGCUGCAAGCUGCCUUUGGUAACCCUACGGCUAGCGUGCCCCCUUGUCCGUGGGGGAUCACUCCCAGCACCAGUGGCCAUGUGAAACAAUUUAAAUGAAGGACAGUACGAAGAGCCUGCCCGGUGGGCGGCGUGCAUCUCACCCCGCAAACACAUGGAAUUUCAGGUUUUCAAAGGGAUAACAAGCAGAGUUUAUAACUGUUGUGGCAGCCAUGAGAACAGAUCACGCAAUGCUAUGGAUUCCUUACAGAGCUCCAGACUGCCUUUGAGUCUGCUGUCUGAACGUCAAGAUGGCAAAGCAAAAGCAGAAGAAUGCGGAGGCAGCGGAAGAAGAGGAGAUGGAGGAAGACGACAGAGGAGAGAUGGCAGACCUGAGCAGAGCCGGCUCUGGGAGCGCCUGUGGAGCGGCAGGGCCAGGGGGCCGCAGCGGGCUGCUCCCACCUGAAGGCAUGUCGUUGGGCCCGGUGGGUGGCCCCACUGUGGCCUGCACACUCACCAUCUCACUAGCCAUCCCUGCCCAGCCCACAGGUCAGCACCUGACACUGCAAUGCCGAAGAAUCCUUCUUUUAUUACUUCAUAAAUUCAUGUGGCAGAGACUUGAAUGGCUUAAGGCAAUGAUGUUAGAAGAGAUGUUAGUUGAUUUGAAUUUUCCUGGCUAGAGCGCUGCAGCAAGUGGCCACGGGGCAUGGGUGCCCCUUGCCAUGGGGUGACUGUCACUAGCAACUGAAGGUCCUUCCUGGCCGCUGGCUCCGUGGUAGCCACAGGUACUCCAGGUGCUGAUCUUGGCUGGUGCUUAUUAUUCAGCUACUGCCUAACAGUGAAAAAAAAGCAUAAGGCAGCAGCUGUGGUACAGGCAGCCUUCCCUUGAGCCGUGUGGAGCUCUGCUUUGUGGAAGUUCUCUGGGUAACAGGACAUAUAUGCCUUGGGAAUUGCAAUCACUGGCUGUCACGCUGCAGGAAGCGAGGAUGAAGGGGGCAGUUCCAGGGACUUUAUGGACCAUUACAGUUGUUAAACCUGGGACAAAAGCAGAAGAUAUCCAAUCCCCCUGAUUUUCGAGGAAAGAGAAUCCAAGUUGAUGAAUCGGGAGCUAUUCCAAGAAUGCAGCAUUGCUACCACAUUGAGUACUUCCUUCUACCAGAUGACCUCGUACCUAGAAAACUGGAUUUCGUGGUGUUUGGGGUGGUAGCAAAGUUAUUUACAGAAUCUAGUUCCAAGGCUAUUACACCAUGGAUUGAAAAUGACAAGAUGUGGAUAUCAUGGGACCAUAGUGUUGAUAUCAUUGUCGCCAAUGAAUAUCUAAUAAAACUAAGAGAUCACAAAAUAACUUUAAAAAUCUGGGAUACCAAGGACAAAGUUUCCUCAAAAGCAAAGCUUUGUAAACAAAAUAUUAUUUCUUCACUAGAAAGGGAUGCAGAGGCUGUUGGUAGAAAACGUUCUGGUCCUAAAAGAAGCAUUGAUGCUACUGCGGCAAAGGAGGACGGCAUUGCUUCACUGCAGUUAGACGUCAUGCCUCUCCUCGCAGGAGAAAAAUUGGUGAUCAGCUGUCUGGCAGAAAACAGUCCUGAAAUUUUAGAUGCUUACAUGACUUUCACUGUGGAAACACCUCUUCUGUCUGAAAGACAAAGACAUGAAUUGAACCCACCGACUAUAAGGAUUACUUUGGCUACCUGCCUCCCAAACACACCUGUACGCACGGAAGUGCUGCAGAAGUUGUGUCUUCCCACCUACUGCACAUACAAAUUUCACAACUUCCCACCUCAUCGAACUCAUGGACAACUCCAUGGAACUCAUGCCUACUUUAAGGAUGUUAAUGUACUUCUGACAGGGACGAUGAAACCUGGGGAAUUACAGAGAUAUCUUCAAGGUCCACCUUUGGAGACUAAAGUUCAUGAUCACGACAGAAACACUGAAAACAACACAAAAAAGCCAUCUUUGUUUGGGGAGGGUGCAGCUGAUGAAAAAGUGGGUAAGGAGAGCUUCCUCGCGUGCAAAUCCACAGCCUGUAACUCUUAUACAGUGAACAAAGUUUGGCAUCCACAUGGGGUAGCUAAAGUCAGUCUAACUGAUUUAUUGUCGGGUAAAAAGUGCUUGACUAUCAGUGCUUCCAUCCAUAACUGUUCAGCUCCAAGAACAGCUGCUUUCAGCGAAGAGGAUGAAAAAGAGAAAAUCGCAGAAUCAGUGAGUAUUCCUCUACUACCUAUGGGACAUUACCUAGAAUCAGGCUCACUCUUGAAAGUAGGAGUGGAAAUAGCCGUGCCAUUGGGAAUGCACGGAGAGAUUGCUGAUGCUCAAGUCGCAAAUUGCCCAUAUGGUUCUAUAAUCUACAUUUUUGACUACAAUAAUCCAUCUUUGUUACAUGAUUUGGUGGAAGAGGUUACAGAAAUCAAUGCUAAAGCCCUCCGGCUGGACUGCUAUCCUGUACACUUAAUCGGAAUGGCUCUUGCUGCAUUGAAACUGAAAACCACACUUGAGAAAAUUUCGGAGUUGGAUAUUGUUACUGGUUUUCACUUACUGGAUGGAGCAACUCAUCUCUUUGUCUUGGAGGGAUUAAAAGACAAAGCAAUCCAGAAACUAUGGGAUAAACACUUUGAAAGAACAGUCUGUGUGGAGCGAAGGCCAUGGAAAGAGGUUCCAUCCCAAGGACCAAAGCAAAGCAGUUUCACUAGAGAGGGUAACUCUUCUGCAGCCUGUACGGUAAUUGUACGGUGUCAGCCUUGUCGCUGGGGUACUUUCUUGCAGGACUCACAGACCACGUUUUAUGCAAAUAAUGAAAUGUUGAUGUCUAUUGGUAGGUUUCGUUACCUCUGCCACAGCAAGAGGCUGAGGGAUGUAAUGCACGGGGAUCUGCUGCCCUCAGCAGAGACGAUCACAGCCCCGAGCCGCGAAUACGGAGUGCCCCUAACCAAUGAGGAUCUCUUCACUCGGAAACCUCCUUUGCUCUCAUUUUCCUCCGAUGAUUAUACAGCACCAGGAAAAGUUAGCAGAGGGAACCAGGCAGUACAUUCUUCAUUCGAUAGCCACAAUGAAGCGUGUGCGCAACAGACGAAAGAAAUAGCAGACAAAAUGACUUCUGAGAGAAACCAUGCUGGGGUGAGUAACUAUCGAAUUGCAAAUAAUCAUUUGCUUGUUUAUGAUUUACAAAAAAACUUGGAAUUCCCACUUCAGACAGAACCCACACGUAGCCCCUCUCUGCAGGCUCGCAUUGGCGCUGUGUGCCAGCCCAAGGGAAAGGUGGAAAAGGCAAAACUUGAAACUUUCAGGAUUGUUCCGGUUGAUGGCAAAUCUGUCUUUAACGACAGCGCUCAGAGCCUGAAUUCUGCAGAGCUCGCCAAGAGGCAUCUUCGCCAGGAAAUGGCAAAGGAGCCAGAUAACAGAUUCACAUAUUGUCAGGAGUAUCUGUCAGCAACAUUUGACCCAGUGGAUGUGGUUGCUGCCUGUAAGGAAUUCUUGGCAAAAUCCAGGAGUGUGUGGCUGUCCCCGGAUGGGUUUGUAUUUCCUGGAUUUAAGGGCAGCAUUGAAAGCCACCUGCACCCUCGGAUGCCUGAUGAGGCACGUCUGGAGGAGUUGCGGGAGGUAACGGAAAACCUAAAUGAACAGCCCCAAGUGAACUCGUGCAUUUUAAGAGGCUUGAAGGGGGCAGACUGCUUUAACGUACAAAAGCCUCUUUUGAGGGGUACAAAGUGGCAGGAGAAUGCUCUGCACGCUAACGUAGAGCCAGUGCUGGCGCGAGACAGGUGGAGCUGGGACAAACGGCGCAUCGAUUUUGAUCUUUACAAGAAGCCACCUGAGCUCUUCGUGACAACAGCUCCGCAGACUGGUGAUGGAUCUGUUAAAAUUAACUCAUCACAAAGCUUUUAACUGGAAGCUCUGACAUAUGGUCCCGAAGCUUGUUCAGUUCUGCCGUCGAGGAAGGGAGUUUGAAUGCAAAGAGGUUUAGUGAGCAGAGCUGUACACAGCAAAACUUCCACACUCCGGCAAAUGAGGCAUCUUGGGAUGUGAGACCUCGGCCGUGCUCCAGAUUUACCCCCCAGCUUCUGAGCCUUAGUUCCUUUGCGUGUAGUAAAAUACGACAGGGAGGUCUAGAUCCUUCUUGGCCUGUCCUUCGGUAAAGCCAGCUUUGUGGGCUGCCUGACCUUCCUUAAACACGGGCAGGGGACGCUCAGCUCUGGUUACCGAGGUCGGACCAGAAGCUGCCUCGCCCACCGUGCGCAGCGCCAGGGAAUCGGCCCGGAGGGGGGCUGGGCUGAGCCACUUCCAUCCGCGCCAUCGCAGCAGCCUCCCACGGGCCUCAGUGGGGCGGCCGGGGUAUAACCUUGUGUUCGCCCACAAACAGUAACAAAGUUGUAUUUUGUUAUGAAAUAGGAUUUUGAAGGUUUGUGGUGUGUGGGGUUUUUUUUUUUCCCCUGAACCAAGUGAGAUUCACUGGAAUAUUUAUGAAUAGAAAAAUAAUAGAUUUAUUGCGGUUGCUCUAAUCUUCAUCUUUUACAACUUUUCUGCUGCACGUUACCCUGCAACUCACAAAAUGCUUAAUAACUAAGUUAAGAAACUUAGUGCAGUUCCUCUCAAGGGCUUCUUAUGGAGGAAUACUUUUGGGAAGCAGUCAGGACUAAUUCCACAUUCACAUGUGUUUUAUGGAGCCCACAGGGCAGUGGGCUGCAGUGGGGACUAGCCGUGGUUUUAACGCCCGCAUCCUUCUGCUAGCGGCACCUUUGUGAGAAAGGCUGCCCUUCGCAAGGGGCGCUUAGCCGGCUGCUUUUAGCUCCAACAGCCAAAAGUUAUCUUUUCGCCUCGCCGGUUUCCUUUGCCUGGAUUUUCUUUUACAGUCCGUUGUUCGCCUUGUGAAGCUGCUGCUCCGAUUCUGCAAACCGCGUUCGAUGAUACCGAGCUGAAAGGGUUACCCACACGUGGGCCGAGAGCCAGGUCCCGGCGACAGAAGCACCAAGGACUUCUGAAAGAUGAACCUGGGAAAUUCUCACCCGGGAAAGCGGGACCGGUUCUGAAGCCCGUCCCAGCCCUGCCCAUGCUGGACCGCCAGUGGUGUCAGGCCAGCGCGGACGCCCUCCUGGGAAGCAGGAAGAGCAUCGCCAGUGGCUUUGUACCUGGUCCCGAUGCUGGCACAGCUUGAAGCAGAGCAAGGAUGUGACCCUCUGGCCCAACAGAGAGCGCGAGGCUGAGAAACUCCAAGGCAUGGAUUUCAAGAAACUUGUAGUUACUAUCGCAGUGACCUGUGGAGCAGGGUGAAGUGGAUGAGUUGCUGGUGUGUUCCUCACUGGGGGAGGCGAGUUCUGGCCUUUGUGCUGCUGUCGUGUCAGCCAUCGAGUCAGCCAAGAUCCCGCUUCGCUUCGUUUCAUUACUCAGUUAUUGCAGAGAUGUGAUCUUUCAGACGCCCACGGGAGCCAGAGGGGUUACAGCUUAACAAGGUCAGGCUUUGCCCUUCCGCGUGUCACCUUGUGGAGCAGCGACUCAUUCCUGCCAGUGCGGAACCUGGUAUUUCACCAGGCUGAACAUGGACGUGGCUGUUUCAUGCUGGCCUGUGCCUGCCAAAGGCAAGGCGGAGCUGCAUCCC